AUGAACAGCAUCGAAACCCUGUUAGAAGCCGCCGAAUACAUAGCCAGAAGGGAAAGAGAGGCUGAGCACGGAUACGCGUCCACUUUGAGGUUUCCCGAUGACCUCAGCAGGGGGGUUUGCAGGAGGCCGAAGUCGAAAAAGUCGCAAGGAAACAGGACGUCGCAUAACGAAUUGGAGAAAAAUAGUUCAGCUGGUGCAUUUCGAUUAGGACAAGGCAAGGCCGAACGUUUCGCUUGGCAACAGGGGCAACAGUUGUUGCAGUAA